UAGCACUGACGUGUCUCUCGGCCGAGGCCAGGCUGGGCCGCGCGGGCAGCGCCUCCUCAUUGGGAACGCAGCGGAGCCCAGGCGGGACGCCGAGCCCGAGCAGCCGCCGCCAUGGCGAUCAAAUUUCUGGAAGUCAUCAAGCCCUUUUGUGUCAUCCUGCCGGAAAUCCAGAAGCCGGAGCGGAAGAUCCAGUUCAAGGAGAAGGUGCUAUGGACAGCCAUCACCCUCUUCAUCUUCUUGGUGUGCUGCCAGAUCCCCCUGUUUGGCAUCAUGUCUUCCGAUUCUGCCGACCCCUUCUACUGGAUGCGAGUGAUUCUGGCCUCGAAUAGAGGCACACUCAUGGAGCUGGGCAUCUCGCCCAUCGUCACCUCGGGCCUCAUCAUGCAGCUCUUAGCUGGCGCCAAGAUCAUUGAAGUCGGGGACACGCCGAAAGACAGAGCUCUCUUCAACGGAGCCCAGAAGUUGUUUGGCAUGAUCAUCACCAUCGGCCAGUCCAUCGUGUAUGUGAUGACAGGGAUGUAUGGGGACCCUUCUGAAAUGGGUGCUGGAAUCUGCCUGCUGAUCACCAUCCAGCUCUUUGUUGCUGGCUUAAUUGUCCUGCUUUUGGAUGAACUGCUGCAGAAAGGUUAUGGCCUAGGCUCAGGAAUCUCCCUCUUCAUUGCCACCAACAUCUGUGAGACCAUCGUAUGGAAGGCGUUCAGCCCCACGACCGUCAACACUGGCCGAGGAAUGGAAUUUGAAGGUGCCAUCAUCGCCCUGUUCCACCUGCUGGCCACACGCACAGACAAAGUGCGUGCGCUCCGAGAGGCCUUCUACCGCCAGAACCUGCCCAACCUCAUGAACCUCAUCGCCACCAUCUUUGUCUUUGCGGUGGUCAUCUACUUCCAGGGCUUCCGAGUGGACCUGCCGAUCAAGUCCGCCCGUUACCGCGGCCAGUACAACACUUACCCCAUCAAGCUCUUCUACACCUCCAACAUCCCCAUCAUCCUGCAGUCGGCUCUGGUGUCCAACCUGUACGUCAUCUCCCAGAUGCUGUCCGCUCGCUUCAGCGGCAACUUGCUGGUCAGCCUGCUGGGCACCUGGUCUGACAUCUCCUCGGGGGGCCCGGCCCGUGCUUACCCAGUGGGUGGCCUGUGCUACUACCUGUCCCCUCCAGAGUCCUUUGGCUCUGUGCUGGAGGACCCCGUCCAUGCGGUCGUGUACAUCGUGUUCAUGCUGGGUUCCUGUGCCUUCUUCUCCAAAACCUGGAUCGAGGUCUCGGGUUCCUCUGCCAAGGACGUUGCUAAGCAGCUGAAGGAGCAGCAGAUGGUGAUGCGAGGCCACCGCGAGACCUCCAUGGUGCACGAGCUCAAUCGGUACAUCCCCACGGCUGCCGCCUUCGGUGGGCUGUGCAUCGGCGCACUCUCAGUCCUGGCUGACUUCCUGGGCGCCAUCGGUUCCGGAACGGGAAUCCUGCUCGCAGUGACCAUCAUCUACCAGUACUUCGAGAUCUUCGUCAAGGAGCAGAGUGAGGUCGGCAGCAUGGGAGCCCUUCUCUUCUGAGCCAUGUCUCCCCAGGGACCCAGGGACCCAGGGAGGCCGGGAGCUCCGGGAUAGCCCGGAAACUGGGGCUCCCCCCCAUGGGAGAGCACUGCUGUGGCUUCGUUUGGACUUUGUUUAAUGUUUGUUUAUUUGUUUGUUUUUAAAUUUCAUAUUCCUUCAUUCCACUUUGUAAAGUGCUAGACAUUCUUCAAUUUGAAAAUUUGCUUUUUAUCCUGGCACUGGCCGAAGGACCCAUACAAGUAGGUUGGUUGCACACAGUCAUCUCCAAGCAUCCAGAUAACACUUAUUUAGCCUCGGCAUCUCCUCCGAGCCGGGCACAGCUGCAGUGGUCUCGGCCGACCCCCCACUGACAGAGCUGCUUGUCCUGGAUGGAAGCACAGAGCUGCAGUGGCAGUGUGUGAUUUGGGCAGGAGCGGGGGGGCCGGGGUUGUACACGUGGAGCACCUCGCCGGGGUCUCCCUCACAGUCAGGCCCAACUACACGGCUUCAGACUGUUUCUCUGUGAGACAGCAUUGUUGUCCCUUCUACCCAUUAUUUUUAAAGCACAGAGCUUCUUCCAAAAGAGGCCCAGGAGCCCAGAAGCCACUCGGGGCUGCCUGUUAAUUUUCCCGUGUGUGCUGCAGGUCGGGCCUUGAGGCUGGGAGCAGGCUGUGGUCCACUCCUGUCCCCUCUGCUGGAGCGAGGCCAGGGUUCGGCAGCUACCAGGUGGACAUGGCCAAGCAGGACAGGUGUUGGUGUGGAAGGCCCUUUUACUGAAGAGCAUUUGCCCAGCUUCUGCCAGUUGUUCCUGGACUAUACUCACGGGUACUCACUCUGCCCUAAAAAGGGGAGCAGUUGUGGCCAGCGCGCUGCACAAAGCCCCUCCUGUCUUCAUUGUCUUAGGAUUGGCUUACUGUGCUUGGGACCAAACACCAGCAAGACAGGAGGUGCCACAGCUGCCCUCUGCUCCCCAGCUGGCAAGGCCAGGACUGGAGCGCCCUGGAGCUUCCCAGGCUGAGGCUAAUAUACCAAUGGCAGGUGACCUGAGUCUAGUGGUCGUAGCCCUCCCUGAGGCCAUCGUAAAGCCCCUUUUGGCAGCCAGGGAACUAGGCUUUGAAUGGAUCUUUAGCCAUCAGUGGGACCAAGGGUAUUCCCCUGGAGGAUGCCCCAUGCUACAGAGGGCGCCCAGCAGGCAUGCAGCCACGCAGGGAGCUGCCACACCAGCAGCACACAGCCCUCUCCCGGGUCAGCAGAGGAGGCUAACCCUACCUGCCUGGGUCAGGGAAGGGUUUCUCACAACACCUCAUUAGCAGUGCCCACCACACAGACUGGCCUAGAGUCUCCCAGCAAGUUGGCAGCACCACAGGAGCAGCCCCAGUCCCUUGACCCACACAGCCCAGGACUCAACACCAUACCACACGUGGCCUUGUCUAGACCCAGUCCUGAGCCAAAGGGAGCUCGUAAGACCUGGUUCCCUCCCUGUCCAGGGCCCUGCCCCUGCCCACAGGUUGUGGACCGCCAGGCCCCAACGGGAGCUGCCACCAUCCUAGCCAUCCAGCUAGGCCCUGUGCGACCUGGGCUUGCGCCCCAUGCGUGAUGGUUGGUGGGUGGGUGGGGGCUGAGCCCUGCUUGCACGGGACUGUCACUGUGGAUGCCAAAAUGGCAUAACUGAGAUAUGGUGAAUAAAUGACAAAUAAAGCCAACUUUUUACAAA